ACAAUGAUUCUGAAAACAAUGAUUUGAAAAAUAAUGAUUUCGAAGACAAUAAUUCUGAAGAUAAUGAUUCUAAAAACAAUAAUUCUAAAAACAGUAAUUUUGAAAACAGUGAUUCUGAAAACA